AUGGAAGACGAAAACGAAUACGCCAACAUGAAAACAACAUUCAACAACAAACUGAACGAAAUCAUCAAGGCCAAAGGCGUCAACCACCAAAUAUUCAACCCGCUGUCUUACGCGACCAUGAUCUCAAAGGUGGAGCACGCGAAAGGACUAAAAUUCGGUAAGACCCCCGCUGAUUACGCCCGCUUGAAGAAAUAUGACAUUUUAGAAAUCGACGGCGUCAAAAGACUCGUUGUGCCGUUCUUUAGUAGCACCACCAGUAGUGGGAAUAAGACCAGCUCAGCGAUCCGUAUGUUUGUUCAUACAGACGAGAUUUUUGAUAUAUUGCACACCGCUCAUUUGAAGAGCGGGCACAAGAGCAGACAGGGCAUGACUCAAGAGGUAAGCCAGUUCAAAAAUAUUACGCGAGAAAUGAUAAUGAUCUACUUGGGUUUAUGUGAAGUUUGUCAAGAAAAAGUUGCAAAAUUUCACGAGAGAGAAAUCAAGAAGAGCUAUAUUGACUUUAUAAGUAUGUCUGCAGAUCAACAUGGAUACAAUCUUAUUCUUGUAUACUUGGACGUCAAAACCCAGUUCGUGCAGCUGCGACCUUUGAAAAAUACGGAACUUCAAGAGGUGACUCAAUCUCUUUUGGAUAUUUUCACUAUAUUUGGCCCUCCUGAUUUGUUACAGGGGAAUACAGAAGAUAGAGACCAGUUACUUGUGGAGUGUACUAUCAGGGUGACCGAGAUCCUCAAUGCUUGGGUGGAAGCGAAUAAAACCAUGGAAUGGUCGGAGGGGGUGAAAUAUGUCCAGUACAUGAAGAACAGGGAUUUUAACCCUACACUGAAUCGUUCAGCUGGUGAGGCUUUGUUAGGCCAUAAGUUUGGGAGAUCUGGUACUAGAAAAAGAAGUUUGGACCAGGCUCUUUCGGACAAAGAAGAAGAAUCAGAUGCGCAAGAAGCAAUGAAUUCUGGAAUUGACAAACAAGAUGUACCCAUCAAGCAAUACGCUCCGAAAAGAAUUAAGUUGGAACAGGUUGAUAAUUCUGAAGUGCCACACUUGAUAGUGUCAAAUAUCAAAACGAAUGAUGAAGACGAACCUGAAAACAUUUUGUCAUGA